AUGACUACAGCGAUAAUGGCGAACACCUUGUGUUCGUUUGGGUUAAGAACUCAAUUUCCGGCCAAAACCAUCCGAUCAGCUACACUUCCAUUUACGCCCUUCAUCAACACACGGAACUUGUCUCUGGGUGUUAGUUCCUCCUACUCAAUCGGCGGGCUUCGUCCCCUUAUCCUUAGAAAAACUUCUUCUCUUUCCACCUCCACCGGCAGAAAUUCGCAGCCGCUUACGGUGGUGUGUGCCAAGGAAUACAAAAUGAAGACCCACAAGGCUUCCGCCAAGCGAUUUAGGGUUACGGGGAGUGGGAAGAUAAUGAGGAGAAGAGCAGGAAAACAACACUUGCUCAGAAAGAAGAACACUAAGAGGAGAUUGAGACUCUCUAAAACGGUGCAAGUUGAUCGUAGUGACUACAACAAUGUCAUAGGUGCCUUGCCAUACUUGAAAGUGAACCGGUCGAACUAA